GCAAAUGAUUCUCAGUCUGGGAAAGCAAGCUUUAAUUAGCUAAGGAAAGAUCUAGGCAGGUUCAGACCCGCUUGCUUGGGCCUUGCUUGGCGAGGGCGCGGAGCGGCGACGCUUUGCACGCACGCUGGAGACUGUUGGAGACUGGUCUUUGAAACUGAUACGCACAUUAUCUACAAACGCUUGGAGCUCUGUGCCGGCCGGCGAGCGGUUUGUCACCACACGUAGCCCGGACUCCCAGCAAGUUACCCCUUUUGGAGGUUCACUGCAGCGCAGAGCUUGCGCGCUAGCAGCCCAAAUCUUGCCAGCAGCAGCGCCAACACCCCAGCCACAGCAUGCCGCCGAGCUACAGCGGCCCCAGCCGCACGGCUGGGGCCUCCAGCGCCCCACCAGCGGGCUCGGCCUCGGGGGUGCAGGUGCUGGUGCGCGUGCGCCCGCCCCUCCCCCGCGAGCUGAUGUUUGACUCGGGUGUUGACGUGAAGCAGCCGUACGACAUAAAGGUGUACAACGCCGCCCAGGAGUUCAGCGGGCGCUACCACGGCGUGUUCGGGGAGGACACGGCGCAGGCGGAGGUGUACGAGCGCGUGCGCGACUGCGUGCCGUUGGCGCUCGCGGGAUACAACAGCACCGUCUUCGCCUACGGCCAGACGGGCACGGGCAAGACCUACACCAUGAUGGGCGACGACCCCUCAAUGGACGCGGCGGCGGCGCAGGCGGCGGCGGCGGCGCGGCCAGGCGGCGCGGGCGGUCCGGGCAUCAUCCCGCGCGCCGUCAAGGAGCUGUUCCGCGAGGCCAAGGCCAAGCAGGACGCGGAGGGGGCGGCCAUACAGAUCGUUGUGAGCUACAUGGAGAUCUACAACGACCGCCUGCACGACCUGUUGCAGCCCUACAAGGCCAGCAGCACACGCGACCCCAACGACGUGAACCAGAGGCGCGCGCUGCUGGAUGUGCGGGAGGACGCCAAGGGCAACACCUACGUGCCCAAUCUGCUGUGCGUCAAGGUCAAGAGCUACAAGUCCGUGUACCAGCUCAUCGCCAAGGGCAACCGCAACCGCGCGGUGCGGCACACGGAGAUGAACCAGGCCUCCAGCCGCAGCCACGCCAUCCUGCAGCUGGUGGUGGAGCAGUGGCCCAACGGCGGCGCGGACGGCACAGUCAUACGCUCCAAACUCAACUUCGUUGACCUCGCGGGCUCGGAGCGCUGGAACACCAACGCCAGCGGCUGGGACGGGGCGCCAGACCUGAUGGGCGAGGAGCGCAUCAGCGAAAUGACCGCCAUCAACGGCUCGUUGUCGGCGCUGGGCAGUGUGGUGGCCGCGCUCACGGAGCGGCGGCCGCACGUGCCGUACCGCGACUCACGCCUGACGCACCUGCUGCAGGAUUCGCUGGGAGGAAACUGCCGCACCACGGUCCUCGCAACGCUGUCGCCCAGCGUGGACGCGUUCGAGGAGUCCUGCUCCACGCUGCGCUUUGCGGACCGCGCGCGCGCCAUUGCCAACAACCCCGUGGUCAAUGCCUCGCGCGACGUGGGGUCCAUCCUGGCGCUCAAGGAGCGCGAGAUCCAGCGGCUGCGCAACAUGCUCUCCCAGUACGCCAACGGCCAGGGGCCCGAGGGCAACGGCGGCGCAGCCGGCGCCCAAGGCGGCGGCGGCCCCGAGGCGGCUCGGCUCACGGAGGAGCUGGAGGCCACCCGCCGCGCCCUGGAAAUGGAGCGGGCGCUGCGGGCGGAGCUGCAGCAGCGGCUGCACCCGGACGGCGGCGGCCCGCCAGGCACCGCCAUGGGCUUGGAAGGCGGCGGCGGCGGCGGCGGCGUCCUGCUGGGGGCAACGCAGCUUCUUGGCACGCCGUCGACCGCCUUUGACCAGGCGGGACAGCAUGGCGGCGGCGGCGGCGGCGGGUCGGGGCCAGGGCCGGCGGCGCUUCGCGCCGGUAGCCUACACAGCAGCGCGGGCAGCGGCGGCAGCCAUGGCCCCGGGGGCGUGGAUUUCUUCCGCCCCUCCACGCCCUCCACGCCGCUCAACCCUGUGCCGCAGCACCUGCUGGGAGCGGGGCCGGGCGGGCCGGGCAGCCCCGGGGGGGCGGCGCUCACGCCCACGCGCGGCGGCCCCGGCGGCGGCAAUACGAUGGGGCGGUCCCGCAGCAACCUGCGAAGCAGCAACUCGCGGCUGGCUGGCGGCGGCCCGGCAAGCGUGCCGCCGCGCACGGGCGGCGGCGGCGGCGGCGGCGGCGGGCCCGGUGGCGGCGCGCCCGGCCGGCCAAACAGCCGCGGCGGCGGCUUGACGCGGCGCCUGAGCUUUGACGAGGCGAUCAUGUCAAUAAAGAGUCAGAUAGUUAAUUUGUCAGCACAGGAGCGGAACAGGUUGAAGGCUCGGCAGCCGCCGCCCAAGCAGUACUGGGGCGGGCUGCCGCCGCCGCCGGGGCCCGGCGCGGCAGCGGCGCAGCUAGCCGCCAUGGCAUCCGCCAACGGCGCCAGUCCCACUAGCAAGUCCUUCACCACCCGCACGAAAGCGACGGUGGGGAUAUACGCCAGCACCGGCAGCAACAGCGGCGCUGCGCCGUCGGCGUUCCCGCCGGCGGCCGGGUACGGCCAGCAGCGGCGGCCGCCGGCGCUCGCCGUCGGCCACGGCGUGGUUGCUUCUGGCGGGUUGGGCGGCCCUGCGAGCCUGCAGAACAUUCCUAGCAUUGACAUGACCGACAGUCCCGUCGGGUCUGACGUGGUGUCCCCUGGGUCGCACACGCUCAUCCACCAAGGCCAGGUGCCGCCGCAGCAGGCCCGAGCCUUCCAGCAGGCCUACCUGUCGCAGCAGCAGCAGCAGCAGCAGCCGCGCAGCCCGCCGGCGGCAAUGGACACGUCGAGAUCGUACACGGAGGGCUAUGGUGGCGGUGGCGAUGGGGAAGAGGACGAUGAUGGGGUGGUCGAGGAGGAUGGGGUGGCAGGCGAGGAGGAGGAGCAGCAGCGGAGGCAAGGCCAGGGCGAGGCGGGCGAGGAGGAGGUUGCGGAUGAGGACGGGGACGAGGGUGAGGGUGCGGGCGGGCGCACAGCCGGUGGCGACAGCGACGGCGGAUUAUCGCAGCUGGACGCGGACGAGUAUGAGGAGAUCAUGCGUGAGGCCCGGGAGACGCUGGCGAAGCAGCAGGCAGAGGCUGCCGCCGCCGGUGCUGGUGGCGGCGGGCGCGCCGCGUUGACAGCUGGCGGCGGCGGUGGGGCGGGAGCGGCCACAGGCGGCGGGGGCGGGAGGUCUGCCAUGCUGGGUGCGCAGCCCUCCAGCGCACCGCCUGCGGUCGGCGCGUCGGUUAGCGGCGCGGGAGCCUGGGGCCGCAACGCGCUCCUCAACAAGUUCUCCGACGGGCCCGAUUCGUCGCCAGGUGGCGGCGCGGCGGCGGCUGGCGGCGGCAGCGGCUUUGGCCGCGGCAGCCUGCUCGCCGCCGCCGCCGUGACGGCGGGCAUGCCCUCAUCUGCGCCGCCGGGCAGCAGUGGCGGUGGCGGCUGGGGCCGCAAAUCCAUCCUCGCCGGGCCCGCCGCGCCGGCGCCACCGGCCUCAGCGGACGCCGCCAACGCCCUGUACGCCUCCGUUGCGGGGCAGCUGGCGCACGCGCCCACGGCGCCGCCGCCUGCGGCGGCGGCGGCGGCGCAGCCGCCGGCUGGCGGCCGCCGCGCGCUCAUUGCCGAGCUGCUGGCGGAAGACGAGGCCAGCAGCAGUCCGUACGCCCGUGCCCGCAACGGCGGCGGUGCGGUGGGAGCUGGCAAGGGUCGCUCCAAAUCGGUGGGAGUGACGGGGCGGCCCAACGGCGGCAGCCGGGGCAAUGCCGCGGACCGUGUGUCCAAGCUGGAUGCGGGCAGCUGGAUCUACAUCCUGGGGGCUUCGGCCAGCAGCACACGCGCCAAGCAACUGGCGGCGGCGCUGCAGCUGGACCCGCGGACCGGGCUGCCGGCGCUGUAGGACCGUAGAUGCUGAUGUGUGCGUGUGCAGGUAUGUGUCACGGCGGAACGAGACCGAAACGCGUGCGUGCGCGUGCUCAUGUGCUUGUGCGGUGGUUCAUGUGAGGCGUGUGGCCUAGUGCAUGGUGUGCGGACGUUUCUGGUGUGUGGUCGUAGUGGUGAAGUUAUUGCAGCAGGAGGCACGGGCAGUGCAUAGGCAGGUGCCCGAGCGGCGGUGGCGGCGGUAGCCGCUGCAGUAUUAUAUAUGCGGGCGCCGCUGGCAGUAUUAGAACCAAAAGGUAGAAGGUGACAACGGUGCCAUUGCGCCGGAGCCUAGACAUUGAUCAUGGGGAGAAUGCGUGCGAAGUUGGGAACCUUGCUGGUGGUCUGUGAUGGCUCAGGGGGAAUCACUGCGCAUCACUGCUAACACAAUGCCGUGCGUUAUCUCCGUCGGGGACACAAUGCUGGGCUUGGUAGGGUAAAUGAGGAUGGACCGCAUGGUCGACCGGAUCAUCGCAAUUGGAAGCAUAACCUACUACGAUGUGCCCGAUGUAAGACCUGUGAGACCCUCGUGAGGAUGCAGAACCGUGCGCCGGCAGAGUGCAGGAACGCGGAGACGGGAAACAGAAAGUGACAGAGCCCAGCAGAGCCCCGUCAGAGCCAACUCGCCAAAGGUCAGUCCUCAAGUGUUUGGUGGUGAUGCUGCUUCUAACGCUAUCAUACAAAGCGUUUAUCGUCCGCUUUGAGGUAACACGGCAUAGGAACAGCUCAUCGCUGCAACCUGGGUGCAGCGGUGUGUGUGAGCUCUGUCGGACUGGCAGGCUGGCGGCACGAGCUGGCGAUGAGGCUGGGCCUCAGGGGUAACAAUCAGGGCAUGAAGUGGCAAAAAGCUUGGGCGAAAAG